AUGUACCAUCGGAUGUACCUGCGUCGUUGUUCGAUGUCAAGCAUAAGUGAAGAAUCCGAAACAGGUGAUGAUGAUCUUCUGGACGAGGAAUUUGUUAUAUGUGAUGAUAAUACUAACGAACAAACAACUCAUUCAUCAACAAAUUUAUCCGUUGAGAAUUGCCUUGGCGAUCUGCAUAGUUUCAAAAAAGAAAUCCGAGAAGCAUACGUCGAACUCUCUACAUUGGAACGACAAGCUCAGAAUACAACAUCAACAUCACCAGCAAUGUUCACGAUGGAAAAAGACAAUAGCGAAGUACUGAUUGAUCAUUGCACAAUGUAUCACUUGAGGAAGAGCGAAGGAGGAUAAGAUGAUCUUGACAUAUUACUUGAACAACUUCACACACUUGAACAACGAUUAGAUCAACCAAAAAUGUUUCGUCAUGAAUCUAAUUAUCGUUGUAAAAAAUCAAUUUCACCGACCAUUGUUGCACAAUUUGAUGAACUUGAUCAAGCACUUGCAACAUUAACAAGUACUUUGAAUAAUGUCGAAAUUGAAUUAGGUGACUCAGGAAAUAGUUCAUCAUCGUCAGCAGCGAGUGAUUCAACAACGAUUCAUCAUCGACAACGACAAGAUGGCAGUGAUGAUAAAGUUCGUGAUAUCGAAGGCGAUGAGCAUUUUUCUGAUAGUGGCUUGUCUCAAUCAACUGAUUCAAUAAGUUUGCCUUACAAACAACGUUCACAACUACGAACAAGUAGUCAGAUCUCCAAUCUUUCGAGUAUUUUGUCAUGUGAUACAUUGAAACAUUCAUCUGGAGAUAGUAAGAUUCGUAUGGCAUUAGAGAAAAUGCAUGAAGCCAAUAUCCGCAAAAUGUUUGUGAAAAUUCACAAUGAUGAUCAAUCAACGAAGAAUAUACUUAUCGAUGAGACAAUGUCGAUCCAUGAUAUAAUCAUUUUACUUUUACAUAAGUAUCGUUUACAACCCGCAUAUGAUCAUGCACUUAUCGAAGAUCUUCCUGAUUUGCAUAUCUACCGUACGUUCGAAGAUCAUCAAAAUUUAAUUAACGAUGCAAUCGUUUAUUGGCCAAGAGACACGAAUAAUCGUAUAUGUUUUCGUCAACACGAGAACAAAUAUUCCAUGUUUAUGAAUGCGAAGAGCUUCUUCUCAAUCAAAGAACAAAAUACCGACCAUCUUCUCACAGAUUAUGUGACAUCGAAUACGAUUGUUCUACCCGAUGAUAUCACGAGUGUUCUCUACAUCAAAGAGAAAAGUCGAAAGAUUUGGAAGAAGCAUUCGUGCAUUUUACGUCAAUCGGGAAUUUAUCAACUACCGAAAUCUUCUUCGUCCAAACGUGAUCUCAUUUGUUUGUUAAAAUUCGAUUCAAAUAUGCAACUGUACUAUGCAAAUGACUGGAUGGAAGCAUUACGUUCACCAACUGAACAUGGUUUUGCGCUUAAAUAUGCGCAUAUACAAAAGAAAUCGAAUAAAUAUAUUCACUAUUUAUCUACAAAUACAUAUGAAGAAUGUCAACGAUGGAUGAAUGGAAUUCGAAUUAUUCAGCAUGGAAUACAAUUGUAUAAGAAUUAUCAACGAAUGAAGAAAGUCAUCGAAGAUGGACCGGAAAAGUUAGCGAAAGUUUUGCCUCAUCAACAUUACUUUAACUUUAUCCAAUCGAAUACAUCAUCAAUCAUGUCCGAAUCAUUCUCGGCUAUUUCCUUACCUAUCAAUCACAUCGUUUCCGAUGCGUCGAAAUCAUUUUCCGAAUCGACUAAUCUGUCAUUGUUCGAUAAUAUCAAAUCUUUAGAUCGUUUGAAACCAUUAAAGACAAGUUUUAUUCGUUCGUCUUCAUUUCAUGAUAGUCUACGUCGAGCUCAUCGAAGUGAUCAGAAACUUUUACGCACAUAUUCGAUCUCUCCACCGAACACAUCCCCUGUGAAACUGAUGGAAUCGAAUCUAAAGCGUUCAAAAUCAUCGAAGGAAAUUGUACUGAAACCUUUCCAAACUCCCCGUUCAAAAACGCCAACAAAAAAAGAACACAACGAAGUGAAUAGAAGUUCUUCAACAUCGUCGAUUAUUCCAUUUAUCAAUCAAUGUAUUCAAACCGAGCGAACACCACGUCGAUCCAAAUCACCGAUUCCUAAAAGACCUCCACCUCCUCUUCCGAAAAAGCUCUCAUCGCCUCGAAACAUUAUGACAACUGUGGAUAAUCAUAUGUACGAAUCAUACCAAGAGAAUUGCACAACACCAACUAAUUCUCGGCAGACAUUUUCAUAUAGAAAACCGAAUGGUUGUGAUGAGCAACGACUCAUGUCGCAAACGCGUUUGCCACCAAUGAAAGUAACUGAAUUAUAA